GCUCGGGUAGCGGCCGUGCUCUUUUCCUAGCUUUCCCACCUUCUUCCUCCUCUUAUCGACCUUGCCGUCAAGGACAACCGAAUCCUCACACAUGGCCCGCACGCCCACCGUUGCCAAGUCGCCGCCGGAACUUAUCCCGCCGGCCGGGCCAACCCCGGGUGGCACACUCCCGCUCUCAUGCAUCGACAAGGCAUUCGGUGGUUCGGGAUUCGUGAGCCUCAUCCAGGUCUUUCCCCCGUCCUCGCUCUCCGCCGCCCACGAUGACCAAGCCACCGCCGCGGCCGUGGCAGCGAUGCGCAGCGGGUUCGCGAGGGCGCUCGUCCCGUACUACCCAGUGGCAGGUCGCGUCGCCCCGUCCGGCCUAGCGGUGGACUGCACUGGCGAGGGCGUCUGGUUCGUGGAGGCCGCCGCGAGUUGCACGCUCGCCGACGUGGGCGGCCUUGAGUGCUUCCCGCUGCUCAUCCCCGGGGAGCUCCUCCUCCCGCGCCCUCCCCCAGGCGAGAAGCUCGACGGCGUCAUCUUCAUGGCUCAGGUGACGAGGUUCACCUGCGGUGGGUUGGCCGUUGCGAUCAGCUUCAACCACGCCGUGUUUGACGGGCGCGGCGCGGCGCAGUUCCUCACAGCGGUGGGCGAGCUAGUGCGGGGUCUCCCGGCGCCGACGGUGGCUCCGGUGUGGGACCGCGACGCGAUCCCUGACCCGCCCUGCCCGCCGGCGCCGCUAUUCAAGUUCCUCACGGAGUUCAGGCUCGUGACCCAGGUGGCGGACAUCUCGGCGGCGAGCAUCCAGCGCGUCAAGGAUGAGUUCAGGCAGGCCACCGCGACAUCCUCAGGGGAGGGCUGCUCCACCUUCGACGCGGUGACGGCCAUCGUGUUUAAGUGCCGCGCGCUGGCACUGGCGGCGGCGCUCCCGGACGACGCCGUGGUCCGGGUCAGCUUCGCCGUCAGCACGCGGCACCUCCUCCGCGGCGUGCUGCCGGCGGUGGACGGUUACUAUGGCAACUGUGUGUUCAUGGCGUGCGUCGCUAGGACCAGCAGGGCCGCCCGGGAGUUGGCGCUGGCGGAGCUGGUCGGUGCGGUACGGGAAGCGAAGGAGGCCGUCGCCGCGGGGUUCGCGGACUGGAUGCGCGGCGUCGAUCGCCCCGACGUGCCGCUGGACUACAACACGGCGACUCUGUUGGACUGGAGCCGCCUCGGGUUCGAUGAGGUGGACUACGGCUUCGGCGUGCCCGGGUACGUAUGCCCUCACGACGAGCAGGUCAACUUCGCCGCGACGCUCCUAUUCGUCAGGCCGCCGGCGCCCAGGCGCGAGGGGAUCCGGGUGCUGCUCCGCUGCGUCGAGGAGCCGCACGCCGCCAUGUUUGCUGCCGAGCUUGCCAAGUUCGCCUAGGGGCAAUGCAUGCAUCGUUCUUGGUCUUGGGCAUCUCCAUUUCAUCUCAGAUAAGUUUCAAAAAGAAAUGCUCAUGUGAGAUGAGACGAGACGUCAUAAACUGGAAGUUGCCCUCAUCUAGAAGUACGUCUGAAUAAAUGAGUGAAUAAUACUGGGGCUAUAAGAAUGAGGGCAAUUCCAUUCAUGAUGAUUUCGAUGGCAGCACUGCAUCGAACAUCCGCAGUUCCAAGAGUGUUUCAUGUAUCUCAAGCUUGAAAUAUUACAUAGUACUAAAAUACAUACUUCCUCCGUUCAGAAAUAUAAGAUGUUUGGGUUUUCACGGUCAAAAUUUUCCACGCUACGAAAUUUCCGCACUUUCCCAUUCUGCCCCUCCGUCACGCUUGCUCCACCACUCACUCGCUCGCAGCCGACACCCGCAGCGAUGCCGUCGCCCCCCUCUCCCUCACGCCGCCGCCCCCUCUCCUACCGCGCGUCGCUGCCGCCCCCCUCUCCUACCGCGCGUCGCCGCCGCUCCGCUCUCCCGAGCGCACGUCGCCACACCCCUUCUUCCACGCGCGUCGUUGCCACUUCCAUUCCAUGCUCUCGAACAAAUCAGCUGCAUCGUGGUCGAGUUAAAAAUUCGGCUUUUCCCUUUCCUCCGGCAGUCGGAUCUGCCGCGGUGGUGCUCGAUCUGUCGAGCCAAGGUCAGGGUCGAGGUCCAAUCGUGGUCGUCGUGGUGCAGUGCAGACCUCCAAUCGUAGGCGGAGAAGACCUCCUCCCGGUGGUUGUGGGCGGCAUGUCCAUGGGGACUGCUUGUCCGACCCGUCUGAGAUGGAGACAUCCUUGGAGCCGCAGCCUUGUGGGGAGGCGCCUUUGUCAGCAGGCAUGUGGUGGCUGCGGGCGGCAUCGGCAACCUUUUCGGGCAGCACAACGGAUGGUGGCGGAUGCUGAAUCCGCAUCUUGAUUGGACAGUACGGCGGGCGGUUGUUGCGGACGACGCUGCGGCCGGCCUCAGCAUCACGGUGGGCAGCCUCAACCCUGCGUGGGAUUCACAGCGGUCAGAGCACACCCGUGGGAUUAAUUUGAGACAAGGGAUGGUUCCUUCCUCUUCAGGUGGAUAGAAGUCGAGGCCUGGAAGAACCAUAGUGAUCUGCUGUGCUGCCGAGCGAGGAAGAAGGUCAUGUGCUGGGCGCGAUGGACCUGGAGGUGCUGGCCGGUGCUCCGUUGGAUGGGUGCUGGGCGCAUGUGGACCUGGAGGUGCGUCCGGUUUCCGAGAAAUGCAGCUGGGCGACCUGGAGCUGCCGACAAGCCGGGCGACGCAACCAGAUCGUCGGUGGAGGAGGAGGUUCAUGAGGAGGCAGUGCGCUCUCGAAUCUCUGGUGACCCUCAUGGCCCUGGCGCCUCGUGGCGAAGCUCUGGACGAGGGGCGAUGAGCUUCUGGCUAAGGGGACGGCAGCCGGCUUCCGUGAUCGAUUGGACCUGGGACUCGUUGGGCGGAGGAGAAACUGGAGGCCGGCCAGAGGCGGAGUCGCUCGGCGGUGGGCGGAGGAGCAGCAACGGAGGCCGAUGCAGUCGCUGGCCGGAGGUGGAGCACCUGAUGGUCGUUGGCCGGAGGACAAGCAGGGCGAGGGAUCGUGGUCCUGGUCGAGAUGCGCGAGGACGAGGAGGAGGAUGCCGGAUGCGCGAGGACGGAUCGUGAUCGCGGAUCGUGAUCUGAUCCUAAUUUCGAAGGAGGGGUAGGGAUGUCAUUUUACCACUUUUUCACCUGGUCGGAAAUUGCCCCCAACGUCUUAUAUUUCUGCACGGAGGGAGUAAUAAAUAGAGCCAUCACGAUUAAUCUACAUAAGCUUGAAAUAUCUAUACCUACUAAUAAAAGCAAAAGAGCUUCUUGUUCGUC